CCAAUGUUAUAAACAUGUCCUCUAGUCUGCAAGCAAAGGCUUGGUAGAAGCGACCAUACUUUGCUAUAGUCAAGAGAAACGGGGAGCUAGAGCAAUUCAUUAUCAGUGUAGCAUCAACCAGUGUAAAACUUCGGAAGCCAAUUGAUUGUGUUCCGGCGAUCUGAUGGACGAACAAGCCCGAAUCAUGCAGACUCUCAGCGGUGUGACUCUGGCUGGCCACACGGUGCAGGGGGGCAUGGCAGUUCCGCCUCCACAUGGACACGAUGGCUCCGAAGGGGACGGGAGGAAGCAAGACAUCGGCGACAUUCUCCAUCAAAUCAUGACCAUAACAGACCAAAGUCUGGACGAGGCGCAGGCAAAAAAGCAUGGCCUGAACUGCCACAGAAUGAAGCCUGCCCUCUUCAGUGUACUCUGCGAGAUCAAGGAGAAAACAGGUCUGAGUAUUCGAGGGGCACAGGAGGAGGACCCUCCAGAUCCUCAGCUUAUGCGUCUGGACAAUAUGCUGCUGGCAGAGGGGGUGGCUGGCCCAGAGAAAGGCAGUGGAUCAGCCAGUGUGUCAGCAGUGGCAACAGCAUCAGGAAGCCCUACUGACAACUCUAUUGAACACUCAGACUACAGGGCCAAACUCUCACAGAUCAGACAAAUCUACCAUACAGAACUGGAAAAAUAUGAACAGGCAUGUAAUGAAUUCACGACCCAUGUGAUGAACCUGUUGCGGGAGCAGUCACGUACACGGCCCAUCUCACCCAAAGAGAUUGAACGUAUGGUCAGCAUCAUCCAUCGCAAGUUCAGUUCCAUUCAGAUGCAGCUUAAACAAAGCACCUGUGAAGCCGUCAUGAUCCUGAGGUCUCGCUUCCUUGAUGCCAGACGAAAAAGACGUAAUUUCAGCAAGCAGGCCACAGAGAUAUUGAAUGAGUACUUCUACUCCCACCUUAGCAAUCCCUACCCCAGUGAAGAAGCCAAAGAAGAACUGGCUAAAAAGUGCAGCAUUACAGUAUCACAGGGGGUGGGAAGCACCAUCACAGUGGCACAGGUAUCUAACUGGUUUGGCAAUAAGAGGAUCCGUUACAAGAAGAACAUUGGCAAGUUCCAAGAGGAGGCCAAUCUGUAUGCUGCCAAAACUGCUGUGAAUGCAGCACACGCUGUGGCUGCUGCUGUGCAAAACAGUCAGACCAACUCCCCCAUUACACCCAAUUCUGGAUUCCAGAUGAAAGAUGAAGAAUUUCAGCUGGAUUCUGCAGAGAACAAAAACACACUUUUAACCAGCAUGUUUACUGGUUCAUCAGGUUCUUUUAACCUCCCAAACUCAGGGGACAUGUUCAUGAGCAUGCAGAAUCGGAAUGGGGAUUCUUACCAAGGGGCACAAGUCGGAGCCAAUGUGCAGUCACAGGUGGAUACCCUGCACCAUGUUAUCAAUCAGACGGCAGGAUACAAUAAUGAUCUGGGGGGCAACUCCAUGUACAAUCCACAUGGCUUGGAUGCUAAUGGGGGGUGGCAAGAUGCUAUGACCCCAUCCUCUGUGAUCUCCCCUACGGAAGGCCCUGGUAGUGUGCACUCUGAUACCUCGAACUGAUCUCUGUAUUGACACACUGACCAAUCAAAGACUGAUCAAUCAGAGACACCACAAACUACCAUCUUCAAAAAAAUACAUUCAGCAGAACAUUUGAAAGUUUUUAAUUGAAUCUUCUGGUCUCUGUCAUUAUUUUACUAUUAAUUACUAAUACAUUCUCAGAUUUUUUUUUGUUAAUUACACAGUCUUUUAUAUUAUUUUCUGUGAAUGUGCAAAUAGAUAUGUUUUAUAUCAUAUACAUUUGCAAGUACACAUUUUGGCAUUUAGAACAUAGGAACAUGACAGUAAAUCAAUCCCAUUUAUUUUAGAUAGCUAAAUAUAUUACAAGUGGCAUUUUAGAGAAGGACUGCUUUUCAUUAUAUUCCAUUUUUUACUCUAAACACAUUAAAUUAGAUAACAAACUUGAGUUUGUCGAUAACUUAAAAAUAAUGUUUGGGAAAAUAUUUUUUCAUCAUGGUGUGAGUUUCACAUUCAGUGGUAUAUACCUUUUUAUAUAACACAAAAUACAAGUCUUACAAUUAAUCCAGUAUGUAUGAGAACUCUAUUUUGGCAUGUCUCCAUUCAGAGGCAUAAUGAAAAUCAUUCUUGUAUAUAGUAUAGCUUAAGAGUAUUUAUACGUUUCACAAAUCCAAAUCAAUAAAUGGCUUCAUUACCUCAUACUUAUAGAAUUAAUAGAAUUCCAGCAUUGUUACAUUUCUCUAGAUUAAAGUUCUCUCACUGACUACCUCUCUUAUAAUCUUACCACCAUUUUAGCUGUUCCAUAUUGUCAUUUUUUUUUUAUAUAUAUAUAUAAGGUUAUUUGGGUGCAUCUUUUAAUACACCCCCUCUAAUAUAAUGUAAUGUAAAAUACAUAAUUAUAAUAGUAAUAAUAAUCCAUCCAUCCAUCCAUCUUCUACCGCUUAUCCGGGGCCGGGUCGCGGGGGCAGCAGUCUGAGCAGGGACACCCAGACUUCCCUCUCCCCAGACACUUCCUCCAGCUCCUCCGGGGGAAUACCGAGGCGUUCCCAGGCCAGCCGAGAGACAUAGUCCCUCCAGCGUGUCCUAGGUCUUCCCCGGGGCCUCCUCCCGGUUGGACAUGCCCAGAACACCUCCCCAGGGAGGCGUCCAGGAGGCAUCCGGAACAGAUGCCCGAGCCACCUCAGCUGACUCCUCUCGAUGUGGAGGAGCAGCGGCUCUACUCCGAGCUCCUCCCGAGUGACCGAGCUCCUCACCCUCUCUCUAAGGGAGCGCACAGCCACCUUGCGGAGGAAACCCAUUUCGGCCGCCUGUAUCCGGGAUCUUGUCCUUUCGGUCAUGACCCAAAGCUCAUGACCAUAGGUGAGGGUAGGAACGUAGAUCGACUGGUAAAUAGAGAGCUUUGCCUUGCAGCUCAGCUCUUUCUUUACCACAACAGACCGGUAUAUCGACCGCAUCACUGCAGAAGAUACACCGAUCCGCCUGUCAAUCUCCCGCUCCAUCCUUCCCUCACUCGUGAACAAGACCCCAAGAUACUUAAACUCCUCCACUUGAGGCAGGAGCUUUCCACCAACCUGAAGGGGGCAAGCCACCCUUUUCCGGCUGAGGACCAUGGCCUCGGACUUGGAGGUGCUGACUCUCAUCCCCGCCGCUACACACUCGGCUGCAAACCGUCCCAGUGCACGCUGAAGGUCCUGAUUUGAAGAAGCCAACAGGACAACAUCAUCUGCAAAAAGCAGAGACGAAAUCCCGUGUUCCCCAAACUGGACUCCCUCUGGCCCCCGACUGCGCCUAGAAAUCCUGUCCAUAUAAAUAAUGAACAGGACCGGUGACAAAGGGCAGCCCUGCCGGAGUCCAACAUGCACCGGGAACAAGUCUGACUUACUGCCGGCAGUGCGAACCAAACUCCUGCUCCGGUCAUAUAGGGACCGGACAGCCCUUAGCAGAGGGCCCCGGACCCCAUACUCCCAGAGCACCCCCCACAGAUCACCACGAGGGACACAGUCGAAUGCCUUCUCCAGAUCCACAAAGCACAUGUGGACUGGUUGGGCAAACUCCCAUGAACCCUCCAGCAACCUGGUGAGGGUAUAGAGAUGGUCCAGUGUUCCACGACCGGGACGAAACCCGCAUUGUUCCUCCUGAAUCCGAGGUUCGACUAUUGGCCGAAUUCUCCUCUCCAGUACCCUGGCAUAGACUUUUCCGGGUAGGCUGAGGAGUGUGAUCCCCCUGUAGUUGGAACACACCCUCCGGUCCCCCUUCUUAAACAGAGGGACCACCAGCCCAGUCUGCCAGUCCAGAGGCACUGUCCCCAACCACCACGCGAUGUUGCAGAGGCGUGUCAACCAAGACAGCCCCACAACAUCCAGAGACUUGAGGUACUCAGGGCGGAUCUCAUCCACCCCCGGUGCCUUGCCACUGAGGAGCUUCUCAACCACCUCAGUGACCUCAGCUUGGGGGAUCGACGAGUCCUCAACCGAGCCCUCUGCCUCUGCUUCCUCAGUGGAAGACAUGUCGGUGGGGUUGAGGAGAUCCUCGAAGUACUUCUUCCACCGUCCAAGAAUGUCCCCAGUCGAAGUCAGCAGAUUCCCACUCCCACUGUAAACAGUGUGAGCAGGGCACUGCUUCCCCCUCCUGAGGCGCCGGACGGUUUGCCAGAAUUUCUUCGAGGCCAACCGAUAGUCCUUCUCCAUGGCCUCACCGAACUCCUCCCAGACCCGAGUUUUUGCCUCUGCAACCACCCGGGCUGAAGCUCGCUUGGCCCUCCGGUACCUAUCAGCUGCCUCCGGAGUCCCCGAGCCAACCAGGCUCGAUAGGACUCCUUCUUCAGCUUGACGGCAUCCCUUACUUCCGGGGUCCACCACCGGGUUCGGGGAUUGCCGCCGCGACAGGCACCGGAGACCUUACGGCCACAGCUCCGUGCGGCCGCGUCGACAAUAGAGGUGGAGAACAUGGUCCACUCGGACUCAAUGUCUCCAACCUCCCUCGGGAUCUGGUUGAAGCUCUGCCGGAGGUGGGAGUUGAAGAUCUCUCUGACCGGAGACUCGGCCAAACGUUCCCAGCAGACCCUCACAGUACAUUUGGGUCUGCCAAGUCUGUCCAACUUCCUCCCCGCCAUCGGAUCCAACUCACCACCAGGUGGUGAUCAGUUGACAGCUCCGCCCCUCUCUUUACCCGAGUGUCCAAGACAUACGGCCGGAGGUCAGAUGAAACGUCGUUCAUCGACCUCCGACCUAGGGUGUCCUGAUGCCAUGUGUACUGAUGGACACCCUUAUGCUUGAACAUGGUGUUCGUUAUGGACAAACUAUGACUAGCACAGAAGUCCAAUAACAGAACACCACUCGGGUUCAGGUCGGGGGGGCUGUUCCUCCCAAUCACGCCCCUCCAGGUGUCACUGUCGCUGCCCAUGUGGGCGUUGAAGUCCCCCAGUAGAACGACUGAGUCCCCAGUUGGAGCACUUUCCAGCACCCCUCCCAGAGACGCCAAGAAGGUCGGGUACUCUACACUGCCAUUUGGCCCGUAAGCACAAAUAACAGUGAGAGACCUCUCCCCGACCCGAAGGCGCAGGGAAACAACCCUCUCGUUCACCGGGGUAAACUCCAGCACAUGGCUGCUGAGCUGGGGGGCUACAAGCAAGCCCACACCAGCCCGCCGCCUCUCACCGUGGGCAACUCCAGAGUAGUAGAGAGCCCAGCCUCUCUCGAGGAGUUGGGUUCCAGAGCCCAAGCCGUGCGUGGAGGCGAGCCCAACUAUAUCUAGUCGGUAUCUCUCAACUUCCCGCACCAGCUCAGGCUCCUUCCCCCCCAGCGAGGUGACAUUCCAUGUCCCUAGAGCCAGAUUCCGUGUCCAGGGAUUGGGUCGCCUAGGCUCCCACCUUCGACUGCCACCUAAUCCACAUUGCACCAGCCCCUUACGGUUUCUCCUGCAGGUGGUGGGCCCACAGGAGAUCGGCCCCACGUCGCUCCUUCGGGCUGAGCCCGGCUGGGCCCCGUGGGGUAAGACCCGGCCACCAGGCGCUCGCAUGCGAGCCCCAACCCCGGGCCUGGCUCCAGGGUGGGGCCCCGGUUGCGCCAUACCGGGCGACGUCACGGACCUUGCUGUAUUUUUCUUCAUAGUAAUAAUAAUAAUGAAAAAAAAAUAUUAUUAUUAUUUAUUUAUUUUUUGUUUUUAGUAAUAAUAAUAAUAGAAAAUAAUAAUAAUACAAAAUAAUAAUAAUACAAAAUAAUAUCACAUAGAGUGAUAUAAUUUUUGGGUAUUGUGGAGGAACAUAGGAAACUACUAUAAGUAGUACUAUACACUUAUUAACUUUCUAAAUAUGACAACAAACAAAACACCCAAUCAAUCAAUCAAUCAAUAAAAAAGAUGAAAAAUAGUGUAAUGUAUAAAUGGUCUGGUAUGACAGGACCCCGAUUUCUUUUAUCAUUUUUUUGUAUUGUAUUUGUUCUGAAACUGAUUUUAAAAGAUGAUGAACAUUUAUUUGUGGCAGCGAUUCUAAUGUAUUAUUGAUGUUUUGUGUUUCUUUCUAACUAGACUACACCUUGGACUGAACAGUCUUCCUUGUGGUAGUUAUGUGGAAUUUUGAAAAAGAAUAAAUAACUUUUCCUUUCA